UAAAGUGUUUUUCUUACUUGUAGAUAAUGGUGGGUUCCAGUAUAGGUGGUUGGCUCAUGCUGCUGGCAGCCAUUGCAAGACCAGAGAAGACUGCAGCACUGGUGGGCAUCUCCACUGCUGCUGACCACCUUGUCACAUCGUUCAACUCUCUUCCUCUGGAGACACGCAAGGAGUUUGAGGAAAAGGGUGAGUGGAUCGUGCCCACCAAACACUCAGAGGAGGGUCUUUACAAAUUUAGCAUGGACUUUCUGCACGAGGCAGAAAAUCACUGUGUGCUCCAGAGUCCCAUCCCCAUCACCUGUCCCGUUCGGCUCAUUCAUGGGCUUAAAGAUGAUGACGUCCCCUGGCACAUCUCCAUGCAGGUUGCAGAACGCGUCCUCAGCCCUGACGUGGAUGUCAUCCUUCGGCGACAUGGCCAGCACCGUAUGUCUGACAAGGACGAUAUCAAACUCAUGGUCUACACUAUUGACGAUCUCAUAGACAAGCUGACCACUUUGGUCUGAGUGAGCUUGAGAGGUUGCUGAGAUAAGGCGAGAAGGACUGUGUUUACUGGGAAGUCAGCCCUCUAAAAAUUUACCAAACAGUGGCAUGUGUCUCGCCAAAUGUGACCUUUUAUCCAUCUGUUAUUCUCCCUGUACAUGAUCUGUCAUUUUCACAUGCCGUUACAGUGCAAACUAUAUUGAAAGGGAGCUCUCCUGCUAGUUGUUCCCUUAUAUCUUCAGGUUGCAUUUGUGUGUUCCAGGUUAUAAUAUGGAGUGUUAUGUUUGCCUUUAUUAGGUCUGCAAUUGUUGCUGUUUCUUAUCGUUUGACUGUUUUCCUCUUCCUCUUAGACACAUAGUUUUCCUGUGCCUUUUUUAUUCACUUUUCACCCAUUUUGGCCAAUAAAACCUCUGCACAUAGA